UAGUACUUAUCUAUCCUGAGGUUUUAUUGUGGUAAUAACGUGGGCAAGAAAAAGCAAACGGAAUCACCAAGGAGCUGACCGUCUCUUCUCGCAGUGUCUCAUCUGAGCGAGUGGCUUAACAAAAAUGCCACGAGUGUCUGAAUUGAAAGCAAGCGGUCGAAGAAUUGCAGCUGGGAUGUUCGAGGGCUGGGCUGAUCAUGCAGAGAUCGGGUGAUCGGUGGAGGGGAGGUUUGGGCUAUCAAUGAGGGCAUUUUUGGUGAAUUUACAUCUCUGAUGUAAUAGAGUCUAAACACUGCAUUGCGAGAUGAACAGGGCAUGGAGAGAAACGCCGUGUAGUUGCUUAAGUUAGAUGCUUGGAUCAUCGACUCACAGGUGGUAUAGAUUUUGUAAUCUUAGCAGGAUUUGUUUCGUUGGAGAUGAGGUUUCUCCGAAGCUACCACUCUGCUGGUUCAGUACUCCGAGAGCUUUAUUACACCAGGCAGGAAUACAUGACUUAAGGGGCAGAUUUUCUUCAACUGGAAGUGGCGUCAGCAAAGCUCCUCUGCUUGUCAUUGAGAGGGACACCAAUGUUACGGAAAGUUAAUGUUGUUGUCCUCCUCAAUUGGAGAGAUUUAAAUCUUGCUCUUGGAAACUCAUCUUAUACCCAUCUGAUUCUACUGAUUGAUGAAGGCACAUGGCUUCAUCCUUCUGGCUUGUGCAUACCUCUAUUCAUGUGUUUUUCUUAGUUGUAGUAACUUGAUAUGUUAACCUCUUCUACGAUGUAGACUGUCUACGCUAAAUCUCUGAAAGAGACAAUGAACCUAGCACCAUCGCAGUAAACAUCAAAACACAUUUUAUGGUACUGCCUCCAUCAUAUCCGUGUAAUCACGCAGUCUGACAACUUGUUUGACAGUCGACUGAGGUGAAGUGACGGAAUCGUCUGGUACGUACAAGUUUCUCAAGGGUAUGGCGGAUACUGUUAUGCCGGAUAGUGAUGAAUAUGACUGGUCUUUCACAAACUAUAUCCGUCAUUCUUCAGCGUCAGGACUUUAGUAGUCAAGGACUUUAGUUGUCACAUUUGCACAUCAGGAAGGUUGAAAUACUGCGCUCAAGGCCACUUAGAUUUAUGAAUCCCAACGACGACACAGUGUUAAUGAUGAAAACAAUUUGCUGUGUUUUCCUGUUAUUUCUCGCUUUGUAAUAUGAAGUAUCAUUUUCACACUGCAAUAGGAUAUCCAAGGUUUAGGGUUUAAAAUAAACAUUGUGAUUUUUCCACCAUCCAGUUGUCUGGUGGCUAGCUUUUUCGAUUGAUGAAUUUGAUGUUGUUAACAUUUUAAACGAGUCUGAACUCUGCUUCAUGAGUCCUAUGAAGCAUAGUUCAGACUUGUUUCCUUCCAGCUGCACAGAAGACGAUCAGGUUGUUAGGUGAUUUGAUUACAGGUAAUGUUAUCAAAAGGGACACUAUACUCAAUUCAAAAUGAAUCAAAUUAUAUGUGCCUAUCGACAUCACUGGCAGCAAUAUAAAGAUCAAAUAAGCAGAAAGAGCAAUAGGGGAGUAGAAGAAGAAGAAGACAAAACCAGUUACAAGACUUGAAACAUUACAUGUUAGUUUCUUUUGAGUUCGCACGUUGUAGUAAGUCUAGUAGUCUUCAUAUGCACAACGCGUUGGUAUACGAAAGUCCGUUUAUGAUAACUAGUUGUAGAGGCCAAACUAGAGGAGAUUCGCUCAUCGAACAAAUCAUACUCUUAAAGUCAUAGUUGAGCUACAUGUUGUCGAACUUAUAUUUAUUCAGACGAUUCACUUCUUUAGACUUCACUGCCAAGAUUCAUCUUUCAAUUUGGGUGAUGCGUCGAAUCUGACCGUUUCAUUUGCCACCGCUUGGAAAUCAUCAUAUAUGUUAGUAAGACUCAUUAUUUUUUUGUAAUCCACAACUGAUUCCAGUGAUGAUACCGACUCUGAUGAUUACCAUUGGAAGAUUUACAGGUUUUGAGUACUCAUUUUACAGAGUGAUAUGUAUAUUUUCCCCUGCCGAUUGCUGAUAUUUCGUAUUUUCAGGUUUCUGAAGAAAAAGCUGCAGUCUGUGGUCACGAUAACACCGAAGAAAAAUGAGCAACACAUUGUCAGAGUUUCUCCCUGUUUCUCCACGUCUUAGUGCCAAGAUUGCAUCGAACCAGAAACACUGCUGAUUAGAAGGUAGAUGGUUCUUUGUGGAGUCAGAUUUUAACUUUUUCGCUUGAAAGUUUUAUUGUGUUUUACUUUAUACCUCAGACAGCUGCCAUAAACCCAAAAGGCUCUGUAGGAUGUUUUGACUUACUCCAGGCGUAAAAGUUAUGCAGGGCAGAGGGGAAUAUAAUGCCUGGCGUUUAUUAAGGCCAGUUUCUUUCAAGAUGAACUAUUCUGUGAAAGCAGUGAAGAGCGAGUUCAAAUAUCGGGACAUCAUUUUCUUCCCAGCUCAAUAAGCUAGCCUACCAUCUUCGCCAAGAUAGACUAGAUCUGACUUGUUGUGUUAUUUUCUUUGCUGAGAAAACUAGUGGAUGUGUGGAGUAGAUGUGUGGACAUAAGUCUGGCAAACAUUCAUUAAGCAAUGCCCAAAGUGUGUUCUGAUGUCUUUCUGUGGAUCCUACAACUCAUAGGUGUCUGCCACUUUGAGAAUUGAAUAAUGCCUCCCAAAAGAGAGUUGGAAGCGAUGAGCUUGUUAGUCGUCCUCUUGAAACUGUGAUGUUUGUAUCUUCGUACUUUCCAUACUUCCUGACCGCAGUAAUCCCACUAUUACUGGAGGGAGUGAUCUGCUUGAAAGUUUUUCCAACAUGCUUACAUGUAAUGACGUAAGUUUGCGUUGCAAACCACGUGAGCAGUAGUAAGCUGGGAUUUAUGCUUCCUAUAUGUAAACAUCUACAUAUGGUUGACCACUAUCUUGGAAUCGUUUGCCUCCUCUUUCAACGCUACUACAUCACAUGUGGAAGUAUCAAGGAUGUGGAGAAUGGAUGUGUCUUAUUCUGGCAUGGUAGGAAGAAGUUUGGUGCCUCCAUUGUGUGAAAAAUAAUUCCGUGUUUCAUCUUUGGGAUAUGGAUGCGCAUACAAUAACGUACACGUGGCAUAAAUUGUUGAACGAACAAGUGUCUUGAAAUGUUGUGAAGGGCUUCCAGGAGGCAAUAUACCAAAGCUGUGGAGACCCAGACAAUCAAAAAAAAUUUCUAUCAGCGCCGAUCUCAUCAUAUGCUGUGACGUGCACAUCUUCUUCUUUUCCCCACUUCGCGUUUUGAAGUAAUGUUAUUGAGUACGAAGAGUUAGAUGAGAAGUAAUGGAGACCUUCGAUUUCUCUCCAUUGAUGAAAGGAAAAGCAAUUGUCAUUGAUAUGGCGACUACUUCAGUCAUCACCUCAAUGUGCUAAAUUCUGAUCGAAGUUGGUUUCAUGAUUGAAAGCAGGUGCUCUCAGCACAUCUCACAAAGAGUUUUAACCUACGAUUUAAGGUAAUGAUUUCACCAAGUGCCUUCUUAAACAAGUCACAGGACUGGAGCAAUGCCAACUGCUUUUUGGAAGUUUUGAGUUUUUGGUUUUCUGGUCGUCAUAAACAGCGAAGUGGUCGACCGCAUGUAACAUUCCUGGAACCCAAAGUAAUAAUCGUGCCUUGUCUACUGAGAAAUUGCAUAGGAAGCGCAUUACUGCGUAUGUACUCGGGCCAUGCGAUCAAUACGUCGGAUGUUUUAUGCAAAAGCUUCGGACGAACACUAUGGCAUUUGCCGAGUUUCUUAAUUAUGCCGUGUACAUGAACUUGCAAGUCACUGCCUUAUGUCACGGAGGUUUUGCAGUUAGAGACUGUACAAGCACAAAGAGGCGUUUUAGGAUGAUGCAUAUGAAGUUCACAAAAGUGAGCUCAUAUGUAUCACUAUAACUCGUAGAAUAUUUUUGUUUCAAAAUGUUGACGUCUAUGCAGGUACAACGCGUGGAAACGUCUGAUGAACUUUUCAUGGAAGGAAAGAAGGAAAUAAAAUGUUGCACUUCAUCUCACACCGACUGUUAUCUCUUUUAUGAAUUAGAGGAAAUUUGUGGUUGGUGCAGGAUAGUGCAAGUUUCCAGUUCGUCAGGUAUGUUCAUCGAUUCACACGUAGAUUCUCCAUAUCUUUGUCGAUGUAACAUUGCUACCUACGAAUGAGGAUUGGGUUAUCUGAUGAUUAUAAUUGGAAGAAUAACAGGAUACUAAAAAGAUAAAGUGCCUUCAAAGAAACUCUGCGCUAGUUUGUCUCGGAAAAGGUCGACUCUGUGUGGCGAAGAAGUGCUUUUUACCUCCAUUGGUAACUCCCGCUUUUUGACUCAUAGAGGUUUGUUUCCUUAACGAUCACAGUAGAGUUGGAAUAUCAGAAGAUACUUGAAAAGUGAAAGGCUUUCGAAAAUUUCCUACUUUAGUUUGAUUUCUAGAGGACUCGUUCUUGAUAACGAAGGAGUGCGUCGUUCGACCCUUUUACUGUGAAUCUUGUUCGAGUUUAUAGAUCAUCCGGUAGAAUACCAUUGUGCCGUAUGUAUUUCUCAUACAUACGAUACCGUAAAAGUAUUGAAUGUUAGGGAAAAGAAAAACCUGUUACUAUCACUAUGUAAUAAGCUACUAACAUAACUAGCGGAGUUUUCGAGAGCCGGGCCCAUAGCUGAAAUGUAUCUAGCUGAUCUUCAGGGAUGAACUAGACAGAUGAGAUUACCCAUGCACUUUUUGGAGAAAUCUUUGGUCUCCUUACUAAAAAGUACGUAAGUCUUUGCACAUGUGUAAAGCUACACUGUCCGUGCCGGAUGCGUGACCUUUCGCUCGAAAUUACUGUCCUUUCAACUAGAGAAUCUCUUGUCAUGAGUUUGUGUGAAGGAACAUGAAAUCUUAUUCUGUUGUGUGACAGCAUCCUAUUGAUACAGGAGAUAAAGUACAAAGUGGAAGAGACGCAUGACUGUACCUGGAUGAGUCAGUUAAGAAGUGUGACUUGCCCCUUUUUCUCUUGGAUAGAUCGCACAUAGCGACUUGUUACUGUAGAGAUCUUCGUUCUUUCUGAGGGGUGUGAGAGUCUGCGUUAGUGUGGAUCGGUGCAUCUGCCGUGAAUAGACUAAGUGGGCAAUAUUCGGUGGAUUGAGAACAGAUGUCACACCAGCACGUCAGACAACCGUAGGACCUGCAUUCAUAUUGACUAGUACAAUACCAGAAUCCCAUUCGCUAGUUAUUUUUCGGGGAAAUAGUCACAUAUUUUGUCCACGUCUUCUCUCUGUACAAGUUUCUUUAGAAGCCCCUUAAGUGUUAGUUUCAAGGAUGCGCGACGAACAUUUACAUUGCUGACAAAAUCUCGUUGUCUCGUCUUUUCACUGCUUUUUCCGCUUCUGAGUUUCAUUGAGGAGUUCAUCUCGUCCAUCUUGGUUUUCCUUGACAUUAAUCAACUCUCUCAAGGUCAUUUUUACUCGCAACUCCCUCAAGGUCAUUUUUCCUCGACAAUCUUCCCACCAAUAUUAGCAUUUUUAGCACCUCACUCAAGCUUCUGUUGUCUUGAACUUACUCGCCGUACAUCCAGUGCAGGACACUUUCUAGUCUGAGUUACAACAGUUGGGAAAGUCGGUACCUUGACUGGACGGUGCAACAUAAUGAAGUUCUGCAGGACACGUUCUAGUGUUAGUGACAACAAUUGGGAAAGUCGGUACCUUGACUGGACGGUGCAACAUAAUGAAGUUCUGCAGGACACGUUCUAGUGUUAGUGACAACAAUUGGGAAAUUUGGUACCUUGACUGCGCAAGAUAAUGAAGUUGUACUCCGCCG